AGGCAUAAAUUGGAGGAUGUGAGAAAAUAGGCGGAGCCGAAGAAGGGAAGUGUUUUGGGUUAUCCCUUAAUAACAUCCAUCCACAAAAAAACUCGAGACUUUUGAGUGAGGGGAAGAAAGACUUGGACUAACACUUAGCAGAUACAAAAAUGGCAGCAGAAACAGUGAGAUUAACUGGUUCUGCUUCUUCUUCACUCAGCAGCGUAAAUGGGUCUCCAAGAAGGAGAACCAGUUCUCUCUCCACUCCAAUUCGGUUUCUGGGUCUCCCUCCUCGAGCUUCUUCAAUUUCCGCUUCUUCUAUCUCUUCUUCUCUUUCCCAUUUCAUGGGAAGCGUGCGUAUUGGAUUACAGUCUACUACUAAAGCCAUUUCACGUCAACAGCAGAGGAGGAGAAAUUUCUCUGUUUUUGCCAUGGCUGCUGACGAGGCAAAGCGUGCGAUACCAUUGAAAGAUUACCGCAACAUAGGAAUUAUGGCUCACAUAGAUGCAGGAAAAACUACUACAACUGAACGGGUUCUGUACUAUACCGGAAGAAACUAUAAAAUAGGGGAAGUGCACGAAGGAACAGCUACAAUGGACUGGAUGGAGCAAGAACAAGAAAGAGGGAUCACCAUUACUUCUGCUGCAACCACCACAUUUUGGAAUAACCACCGCAUUAACAUUAUUGAUACCCCUGGCCAUGUCGACUUCACACUUGAAGUUGAACGAGCACUGAGGGUUUUGGAUGGUGCAAUUUGCCUGUUUGACAGUGUUGCUGGUGUGGAACCACAGUCUGAAACUGUGUGGAGGCAAGCUGAUAAAUAUGGAGUGCCUAGAAUUUGCUUUGUCAAUAAGAUGGACCGCCUUGGAGCAAACUUUUUUCGGACAAGAGACAUGAUAAUUACAAACUUGGGUGCUAAGCCGCUUGUUAUUCAAAUUCCAGUUGGUGCAGAAGAUAAUUUUCAAGGAGUUGUUGAUCUUGUAAAGAUGAAAGCUAUACUUUGGUCAGGAGAAGAAUUAGGUGCAAAAUUUGCAUACGACAAUAUUCCAGCAGAUCUUCAAGACUUGGCUGAAGAAUACCGUGCGCAGUUGAUAGAGACUAUAGUUGAGUUGGAUGAUGAUGCUAUGGAGAAAUAUCUAGAAGGAGUUGAACCUGAUGAGGAAACUAUUAAAAAACUAAUUAGGAAGGGCACAAUUGGAAGCAGUUUUGUACCUGUCUUAUGUGGCUCUGCGUUUAAAAAUAAGGGUGUUCAGCCAUUGCUUGAUGCUGUUGUUGAUUAUUUGCCUUCACCUCUUGAUUUGCCAGCGAUGAAGGGGACUGAUCCUGAGAACCCAGAAGUGACAAUUGAAAGGACCGCAAGUGAUGAUGAACCAUUUGCUGGACUAGCUUUCAAGAUCAUGAGCGAUCCAUUCGUCGGAUCCCUGACAUUUGUGAGAGUUUAUGGGGGGAAGCUAACUGCAGGAUCUUAUGUACUAAAUGCAAACAAAGGAAAGAAGGAGAGAAUUGGAAGACUUCUAGAAAUGCAUGCCAACAGUAGGGAGGAUGUUAAGGUAGCUUUGGCUGGUGAUAUUGUUGCCCUUGCAGGUCUAAAAGAUACCAUAACUGGUGAAACACUAUGUGAUCCUGAUAAUCCAAUUGUGCUUGAACGUAUGGACUUCCCCGAUCCUGUUAUUAAGGUUGCAAUCGAACCCAAGACUAAAGCUGACGUUGACAAGAUGGCAAACGGUUUGAUCAAACUUGCUCAGGAGGAUCCUUCUUUCCACUUCUCACGAGAUGAAGAAAUCAAUCAAACUGUAAUUGAAGGAAUGGGGGAACUGCAUCUGGAGAUUAUUGUAGAUCGCCUCAAGAGAGAAUUUAAGGUGGAAGCUAAUGUCGGUGCUCCCCAAGUAAACUACCGUGAAAGCAUUUCAAAAGUGUCAGAAGUGAAGUACGUACAUAAAAAACAAUCUGGUGGACAAGGACAGUUUGCUGAUAUAACAAUGCGAUUCGAGCCCAUGGAGCCUGGUAGUGGAUAUGAGUUCAAAAGUGAAAUCAAGGGAGGCGCAGUGCCCAGAGAAUACAUUCCUGGGGUCAUGAAAGGACUAGAAGAGUGCAUGAAUAAUGGAGUGCUGGCAGGCUUUCCGGUUGUGGAUGUACGUGCCGUUUUGGUAGAUGGUUCUUACCAUGAUGUUGAUUCCAGUGUCUUGGCAUUUCAACUGGCAGCUAGGGGAGCUUUUCGGGAUGGCAUGAAGAGAGCUGGCCCAAAGAUGCUAGAACCGAUCAUGAAAGUCGAAGUUGUCACACCAGAAGAGCAUUUGGGAGAUGUGAUUGGUGAUCUCAACUCAAGGAGAGGUCAGAUUAACAGCUUUGGUGACAAACCUGGAGGCCUGAAGGUGGUUGAUGCUCUUGUACCAUUGGCAGAGAUGUUCCAAUAUGUUAGUACUCUUAGGGGAAUGACAAAAGGUCGUGCAUCCUACACCAUGCACUUAGCCAAGUUUGACGUUGUUCCUCAACACAUUCAAAACCAGCUUGCUGCAAAGGAGCAAGAGGUUGCUGCUUGAUUCCUCCCAGAGAGGGGACAUUAUUUUUUGUCCAAUUGUUACUAAUAAUAGUUCAAUAAACCAGUUUUGUUUUUA